AUGGAGGCUUCUGGAGCAGUAUUUAAAGCUCAGCCAGUAGAGAAGGAAGAGAAGGGUUGGUCAAAUUUGAAAGAACAUCACCGUUCUGCCAUUAAAGUGAUACGCCGUAUGCAGUAUUUUGUGGCAAAGAAGAAAUUUCAGCAAGCUAGGAAGCCUUAUGAUGUACGCGAUGUGAUAGAACAAUAUUCUCAGGGUCAUCUCAACUUGAUGGUCCGAAUAAAAGAGCUUCAAAGAAGAUUGGACCAAUCUAUAGGGAAGCCAUCACUAUUUAUUUCUCUCUCAGAAAAAAAUAAAGAUCGAGGGAAUAAUACAGUUGGUGCCCGGCUGAACAGAGUCGAAGACAAGGUAGUCCAAAUAGACCAGAAGCUGAAUCUCAUCACAGAUUUGCUGCACCGCCUGCUUUCCAGCCAGCAAGGAAACCAAAGCAGCACCAAAGCAUCUCCCAGGAAUGAUGUUGACUCCAGCCUACCUCCCAGCAGCGCUCUCCCAACCUAUGAACAGCUAACAGUUGCAAGGGCCUUGCAAGACGAUGGUUCCUGAUGCCUCAGAGA